CUUCUGAAUUGAGCUCCGAGACUGAGACGAUGGCGAAUCUCUUCUCGGCUCGGUCUCUCUUCUCCGGGCUCGUCGUCCUUCUCUGCGCCGUCAGCUCAGCUGCUGCCGCCACUCGUCUGCCCCCCGAGGAAGUGGCCGCGUUGAAAGAAAUAGCAAAGACUUUAGGGAAACGGGGCUGGGAUUUCCGUGCAGAUCCAUGCGGCGUAGAGGGUGGAUGGGGCAAAACCAAAGACAUUAAUGGAAGUACAAUUACGGACGCCAAUGCCAACGCCGUCACCUGCGGGAAUUUCACCGACGCCGACAAUAACACCGUUCCCCACGUCAUCAGCAUAGUUCUCAAAUCCCAGUCCCUUAACGGCACUCUUCCGCCUCGACUGUUCAGAUUGCCUUACCUCCAAACCUUUGACGUUACCCUCAACUACCUGAGCGGCACGAUUCCUAAAGAAUGGGGCUCUACGAAGUUGAGCAACAUUUCUCUAUAUGGAAACCGAUUGACGGGUCCAAUCCCCAAGCAGCUGGGAAACAUAUCCACGCUUUCGAGAUUAGUUGUCGAGACCAAUCAGCUUAAUGGAACUCUUCCUCCAGACCUGGGGAACUUGUCCCAGUUACUUGUACUGCACCUCACUUCAAAUAAUUUCUCCGGGGAGCUGCCUCAUACAUUUGCUAAUUUGAUGGCAUUGCAGGAGCUGCGACUCAGUGAUAAUCAGUUCUCGGGAAAGAUCCCUGAUUUUAUUCAGAACUUGACAAAUCUCGAUAAACUGGUUAUUCAAGGAAGUGGAUUGCAAGGGCCAAUUCCCUCCGGAAUCGCACUUUUGAAGAAUUUGUCUGACUUGAGAAUAAGUGACAUUAAUGGACCCGAGUCCCGAGUUCCACAGCUUAACUGCACAAAUAUUAAGAUAUUGAUGCUGAGGAGCUGCAAUCUCAUAGGAGAGCUACCUGGUUAUCUGGCUGGAAUGAUGAACCUAACAACAUUAGACCUCAGCUUCAACAAACUGAGUGGCGAAAUCAAUGACUCCUUUAGAAACCUGUCAGGAGUAACGCAUAUUGACCUAUCAUACAACAACUUCACUGGUGGAGACUCAGACUGUCCAGGAGAAAAUGUCAACUUGUUCGCGAGCUUUGCGAUUGACAAUGCUGGACUUGUCUCAUGUUUGAAAAGUGAGCGUUGCGCAGAAAAACGGUAUAACCUCGCCAUAAAUUGCGGUGGGAGCGAAGUAAAAGUAGGGGACAUCACAUACAGCGAGGAUACAUCGUUCGCUACAGCUUCAAGUUUCUUCCAGAGGGCAUAUGACUGGGCCUACAGUAGCACUGGUCACUUCCUCGAUAACGGAACAGAUCAAUCUACACAUAUAGCUGACAAUGUAUCUGUACUGUCCAUGGAUAAUGCCGGACUUUACAUGAACGCACGGCUUUCUCCCAUCUCUCUAACUUAUUAUGGUUAUUGUCUGAUCAACGGGCCCUACAAUGUAAGCCUUCAUUUUGCGGAGAUAACGUUCACUGGCAACGAAAGUUAUAGCAGCCUUGGAAGGCGAGCUUUUAAUAUUUAUAUACAGGGGCAAUUGGUGUGGGAAGAUUUCAACAUUGAGAUUGAAGCAGGUGGAGUUGGAAAGCCAGUCAUAAAAAAUUUUAAUGCCACGGUGACCAACAGCACUCUGGAGAUACGCUUUUAUUGGGCUGGGAAAGGAACCUAUAAUAUACCUACCAUAGGAGUCUACGGUCCUCUUAUAUCUGCUAUCUCUGCCGUCCAUCCUGGCUAUGAACCCCCACGUACAUCGGCCAGCCCACCAGAGUCGACCAGCAUAGCUGCUGGCACAGUGGUUGGGAUUGUGGCUGCUAUAAUUUUUGUAGUUUUUCUUAUCCUGGUUAUCCUUUGGUGGAGAGGAUGUCUUGGACGUCAAGAUGAAAUCACACAAGAUUUGAAGGGUCUGGCGUUGCAAAUUGGUUCAUUUACCUUGCGACAGAUUAAAGCUGCCACAAACAAUUUUGAUGCUGCCAAUAAGAUUGGAGAAGGCGGUUUUGGUUCUGUGUACAAGGGUCUUCUGUCAGAUGGCACCGCUAUAGCAGUGAAGCAACUUUCAUCCAAAUCCAAGCAAGGAAAUCGUGAGUUUGUGACUGAGAUUGGGAUGAUUUCUGCUCUUCAGCAUCGGCAUCUUGUGAAACUCUAUGGAUGCUGCGUCGAAGGGAAACAACUUUUGCUGGUUUACGAGUACAUGGAAAAUAACAGUCUUGCUCGUGCUUUAUUUGGUCCUGAAGAAUUUCAGUUAAAGUUGGACUGGUCGACAAGGCACAAGAUAUGCAUGGGUAUUGCCAGGGGCUUGGCAUUUCUUCAUGAGGAAUCAAGGCUGAAGAUUGUGCAUAGAGACAUCAAAGCUACUAAUGUUUUACUGGAUAAGGAUCUCAACCCUAAAAUAUCAGAUUUUGGUUUGGCAAAGCUUGACGAGGAGGACAACACACAUAUUAGCACCAAGAUUGCUGGAACUUAUGGAUAUAUGGCACCGGAGUAUGCAAUGCAUGGUUACCUCACUGACAAAGCUGACAUCUAUAGUUUUGGCGUCGUUGCCUUAGAAGUUGUUAGUGGCCGGAGCAACUCUAGUUCCCGAAAAAAGGAGGAAUGCUUUUAUCUACUUGAUUGGGCACACUUUUUGAAUGAGAGAGGAAAUUUGAUAGAUAUAGUUGAUCGGAGGCUCGUUUCUCACUUUGACAAAGAGGAGGUGCUGACAGUGAUAAAGGUAGCUCUGAUGUGUACUAAUACAACUCCAGCACUCAGGCCGCCAAUGUCAUCUGUGGUUAGCAUGCUUGAAGGUAAGGUUGCUGUUCCAGUGCUGGACUCUGAUGGCGCUCUCCCGUCCGAGGAGAAAAUUGAGGCCAUGAGGAAGUAUUUUAAAGGAAAUGAAGAUCAUUCAAUUGGUGAGAAUAUCAUCAAGAGUAUGUCCACCGAUGGGCCAUGUACUGGAACCUCUUCGAUCGCAUCUGCUGAAGAUCUCUAUCCCAUACUUCUGGAUACCGAUCUCGGGUAGAAGAGAGAAUAAGAAAUGGAAUUAAUAAUAAGAUAAAGAUGCUUCUUGAAAGAACUAGGCUUUAUUGGUAAUCGCGAUCGUUAUGCAGGGCAGUCAUCGUGUAUUGUGAACUACUUAUUGGGGGAAGGCCUUCAGACAAUGGCUUGUGUUUUGGUGGUUAUAUUCGGUGCUGUUUCUUUAGAUAUUGUUAUUCGAAUAGAGACAAUGUUGCUACUCUUCCUCUUCGCACAAAAACGAUGUGGAUGGUUUGCCACUGCAAGGGUGGGAAUCUAUU